AGUACUUACGUAAGAGAGGAAUUUAUCACAAACUGACAAAAAUAAUUUGACUUUCUCAGUCGGUAGUUCAGUGACCGAGUAUCAACUUGAAAUAUAAUAUAUAAUGUGGAAAACUGACAAAUUUGGUACACAAAUGUAAAUGCGAUAGAUUGUACUGUAUCGAUUUAGUGAUAACGCGCGUGAUACGUUAAAACGUAAUGCGAUUGUUUUUCUAAACAAUAUUAUACUGCGCGCGCGCUAGCGUCGUGCUCCUUAACGCGGCCUCUACCCCCCUUCGACAGACCGGUACGGUGGACGACGGGUGUAAACGAAUGCAGGCGUGUCAACGAUACCGAAUAUGCGCAUACGAUUCCGGGACGCUGCUCUGGCUGAAAUUGUAAUACUGUACCCGCCCGACGGUUGUUGCGCGUCUGCAGCUCGCCUGCUGCUGUCCGGCCCACCGCCGCCCAUGUUCAGGCCCGGAUUCCCGUGAAUUUGGCUGCAGCCCCCCGGUCGAUAAAAUCGCCGCCACCCGUUAGCCCAUCACUCGCCGUAAGCGACUACCACCGCGGCUACCCAAACUCGUACACCAGAAAAGUAUUGUAGUCGAACGUUCCAUUGGUGCCGAACGUUUACCGUAAAAACUCGUCGAACAGCUGCCGCGUGACACCGUUGAAUCCGAAACGUUUCGACCGAUCCGUCGUUGGACGCUUGCGCUUCACCGUAGUCCGCGGCCGCGCACUUGCGGCGUCGUAGUGGUUUUCCGAUAAUCAACGACCCGUCGUCGUCGGCUAGCCUACCGCAUACCCGCCGUCGCUCGUACGCUCCGCUCCGCGUACGUCACCCGUCAUUUAGCGUACUCAGCGUCCAGCGUCCAGUCGUCGUCCGCAUCAAAAGUAUUUCAGCACACGACGAAAACCAAAAAAAUGUGUAAACCAACCACCGAAAAGAAACGGCUGCUCGCCGCGGAAACGUUUUUCCGUUCCUUCCAGGCGUCCCGGGUAAGUGUGUUUUAGAUAACGGGUCCGGUGUCUUAUGUUAAGUAUUAAUUUUAUAAGUAGGUAGGUAUUGGGUUUAUUGUCGUUUUUCGGCGGCGUUCCCUCGGUCGGUGUACCUGGUCGACGACACUCGGUGGCCAUUUUUCCAUACAAAUUUUACUUCUUACCUAUGCAUAUAAUUUACUCAGUUCCCUUCAUAUAUCCAUAUGUGCCUAUUGUUUCCUUUGCUUCGUUUGACCUUUCCUUUAGUUGGUCUUUUCGCGUUUGCGCAUAUUGCAGUGUAUGAAUGUCAGUUGUGAGUGUGCGCGCACACACGCGCUGUGUUUGUGUGUCUGUGUGUGCGUUUAUGUGUAUCUAUGGAUUAUGUAUGCAAAUGUGUGUGGCUAUUGUGCCACAAACCGGGUAUCUUUACAAUUGGCAUUAUUUUAGGAGUUCUAUACAAAUCUAUAAUGACACUGAUUGCAACAAAUGUUCUUAAUUAUUGGGUUACUUUUAUAAUAGUUUAUAAUAAAAUAUAAUAUGUGUAGUUCCCAUUCAUUCUAUAGUUAAAAUAGCGUUCUUUAAUAUUCCACUGGUCGAUGACCUCUUGAAUACUUUAUGCUGAAUACCAAAAUUUGUUUUUACUUAAAUAGGUAGUAUACAUACAAACAAUAUCUAAACUUAACACCUGUGAGCAAGUACACAUUUCAGUGCAAUGAAUAGUAAAUUUAAUUAGGUUAACUUUUAUAAUCGCCGUGAACUAAUCUAGUGAUAUUCUAUAUCACUUAUAUCUACACAAAUAUUUAGUAAUUAAUCCUUUAAAAUGUCUCUACUUAUGUAAUAUGAUUUAUAAAUCAACGUCCGAUACUUUACUCUUGUGGACAUAUUCCAUGUGUCUACUAAUUUAACUUGCUCCAGUAACUCGACGUAGUGUGAAACAUUGUUGCUAUUUAUACACAGCUCAUGAGUGGGUAAGGUAAAGUCACCAGUGAAUGCUACUAUAUUAGUACAUGUUACUAAUAUUUUAUAUAACUUUAUUUAAAUAUUGUUAUUAAGAAAUCAUAAACUUUAAGAGUAUAUAACUAGACGUGUAACCAUUCAAAAGUAAUGAUUUAAUCAAACACCAUACUUAUAACUUCAAAAUGUGUUGUGCAAUGAUAGGUAGAUUUUAUUUUACUAAUUGGUUAAUACCUAUUGGAUUUCAUUAUGAAAAAUCUUAAAUUUAUAAUUUUAACAUUGUAACUUAAUUUUUAGAAUUUUAACGCCUUUUGAAUAUUUUACAUUGCCUAAACUGGCAUACACUAUUGUUUUUACCUUACACUAAACUAUAAAUGAAUAGAUACCUAACUAUAAUAAUUUAUACUUAAAUAUCGAUAAUUAUUGAAUUAAUUAUUAAUAUUUAUUAAAGUGUUAAUAAAAUGGGUGUAAAAAAUUAUAUUUUUGGUUUAGGCUUACUAUUUAUUUAUGCUUUAUUUAGUGAUGAUGCCUAGUUGCACCAAACUUGUCGGUAUCUAUUGAUAAAUUUAGUGUUAUAUAUUUAUAUAUAUCUAAUGAUAAUUUUCGUAAUAAAUUAAGGGUUAUCAAAUUAAAGUUUUAACAUGUGUUAAAUUUACGAGUGUUGUUUUAUAUUUAAGUUAUUACGAGAGUACUGGUCAACAAAUAAAUAGUUAUACUGUACCAACAGUAAAAGCAUAAACUUAUACAUCUAAAGAAACAUUCAGCAUUAAAAGACAUUCCGGUGGGCAGAGUUUCAAUUUGAGGACAGAAACUUGUGAGAUAGUAAACAAAGUAUAUUUUAAUGGCUGUCCUCGGAGUGCAAAUUUGUUCUCUCACACUAGGUUUUAUACUAAACACACCUCCCAGCCCUUGAGGUAAAUGUUCCGUCUAGAUGUAUAAGUCUAGUAGAAGUAACGCAAACCAUUGAUAAUGGAAUGUAACAGAAUUUAUUUUAACUUCUGACAGAUGAGUUUCUCUCUGUGUUAAUAUUUGGUACAAUACAGCAUUAGUAUAGGUACUCCUGUGUGUAAUCUCUGAAAAUUAUUGUCAAUUUAUUAUCAAACAAUUUAAAUGGACAUGCCCGAUUAAAUGAAAUGGGUCAUGCCCAUUUGAGUUGUAUCUAUUUAAUUGUAAACGUGAAUAUUAAGGUAUAUAUAAAACUAUUUUACUGGAUGUGAUAAUUAUUGAUUAAAAAAAAAUUUGAUUAAAUGUUUUAACCAUGGGUUAACUGAGAUGAAAUUUCUGGUUGAGCCUUAAUUUUUAUCUCAAAAUUAUCAUUAACAUGAUCAUUAUUAAAAAACAUAGUCCUUUAUAUUUAUUUAUUUUUAUAACUAUUGUACCAUCUAUAUUUUAAUAUAAUUAGAUAUAGUAGUAAGUAAAUAUAGGUUAUUAAUAACAAUUAUUGAUUAUUAGACAAUUGUAAUAUCUUAACAAGAAGUGUUUUCUUUAAAAUUAUUCUAUAAAUAAUAGACAAAUUUAAUAUUACAAAUCAAAAUUGUCAUAAUGAUUAAAAUAAACAAAAAUAUAGAUUGGAUUUUACGGUUUAUGGACAAAAACCAAAGUUUGGUAAGUAUCAGACGCAGUUGGUCAUUAGCUGUUGUGGUAAAUGGUAAUCAGGUUGCGGAUCAUGGAUGUAUAUGGCCACAACACCGAUCCUUCUGAACUCCAAGUACCAUUAUUCUGAUUUUCGAAGAUUACGUUGUGUUCUUUUGACUAUUUGACGUCCGGAAACAGAGUUAUUGUACUUGGUAUUCAAGGGGAGUCGGUCAACAUAUGGCGGACAGCAAUAUUGUGGAAAAUGAACAAUGGAAGCUGUGGUGCACCUUCUAAAUUUUGAUAUCAAUUUUUGUAAACCAUUCUGGACUGGCCUGAUUUCUAUAAGAUGGAUUUGAAAGUGUAAAACUGUGUUUUUAAACUAAUAUUAAGUAGGAUUCUUUGCGUUAAAAAUAACAAAACAAGAAAUGUUACAAGUAUAGCUGAGAAUUCAUAAUGUUGGACAUUUAAAUUUGUUCUGGAUGUUUUUUUUUUUUUUGUUAAAUGCAUAUUUUGUAAAAUCAACUUCAUAUACUCAUAUCUAGUACUGUUUGUAUUUAAUUAUCUUUAGCGGUUCUGUUCUGGAAAAACCUUUUUGGGAUUUUUUUUAUUUCUAAUGUAAUUUUUUUCCAACAGAAUAAAAGGAAAAAAUAUUGUAGAACUAUUAAUAGCUUAUUUGCUUUACUUAGAAUCUUAAGUAUAAAUAUAAAUUAUUAGUAUAAGUAGAUUAAAGAUUUUGAGAAGAUAUUGGAGUAUGCCUAAAAUCAAACUAUCCUAAUUUUAUGCUUAUUUUGUAUACUUAGGUACCUAAUUUAUAAACUAAAUAUUUUAAUUACUAUUUCUAGGAACCUGCUCAUAGUGUUAUAAGUUUUGAAACACCUGUAAAUUUCACGGAUAUCAAAAUUCUUUCACCGUCAAUGUACUUAACCACACCAAGUGGAGGAUUAAUGCUUGGGUAAAUUUCUUUAUUAAUCAACUAUAACUGCUUAAUGUUUAUUAAUAUAAAUGUAUAUAUUAUAAUUUAAUUUGGCAAAUUUUUCAUUUAAGACUUUUAAUAAGUACUUACCUGUUUAGUCUUUUUAAGUAUCUAAAGUAGAUUUCCAAUAUAGUAUAUCACCCAUAUUUCUUGAAAUUGUUUUUAAAUUGAAUAUUUCAUUUUAAUUGCCAAAUUUGCCUUUCAUUUUUAUUUUAUUUGAAUUUCCACAAUAAUUAUUUUACAACACUCAUUUCAAAUUUAUUAUGCUAUAAAUACUGAACAUAUUUUAUUUAUUUUAUAUUUAUAAUGAUUGUCUUACCUAUUUACUUCAUACUAUCUCCUAUAUUUUCCUAUUUUUAUUUAGAUAUCUAAUUUGUAAUGAGUUUUAUUUUUUUAUUUCAGAGAUACAGAUCCAUCUCAUUUCCCAGUUCAAUUUAUGUGCAAUAACUUAAAUCGUCCAAACGCUACUUCAUAUGAAUAUUUGGGUGAAAUGGAUUAUGACGAGACUGACCGCAUACAAAUGACUUGUCGCAACAAUGUAAGAACAAUGAUGAUAACAUUUUUGGAUUUGAUGUGUAGCUAAAUUUAUAAGUAGUUAAGAUUAAUAAAUAUACAUUUAUUUUUUAGAUAUGGGCAAAUAAAUUGAUUGUGAAUGGUCGAUUUAAAUCAAUAACUGUGGUGGUUUAUGGUUCACCAAAAAACCCAGAUGCUGAUAAGAUACAAAAAGUGGACCAUUUGUGUACUCUGCCAUUAUUUCCAUUGGCUGAAAACAGGUUACCCAGCGAUAUGGCUCUAUCAAACAGCAGUGAACCCACUGUUGGAACAUUGCCAUCCCACCAGUUGGAGGACAUAAUGGCUUUCGCGAAUGGAAAUUUUAUGAACUCAAAUUUGGCUAGUGGAUUGUCAAGCUAUUUUGAUUCCAAUUUUUUUUAAAUAAAAAUCUUUUUCUGUUUGAUGAUUCCACACUACUAAUAUAAUUAGGUCUCGGAUUUUUUUAUUACCAUAAUACAUAAUACUAUUUAUAUAGUAUUUAAAUAUUCACAUAAUUGAAAGAAAAAUAUAGAAAUUUAUAAGUUAUAUAAAAUAGAUAGAACUAAUUUAUUAUAUAAAUUUGUGUUAAAUAAAAUGGAAAAUUUAAAAUAUGCAUGCACUAUACUUAUAGUAGUAUUGUUAAUUUUAAUUAUAAUUAAAAUAAAAAUGCAUACCAUCUUAAAAUAUAUAAACUAUAUACAUCAAUGUAAUUCUGAAAAUUGGAACAAAAUGCUAUAUUGACUUUAUUAUCUUUUUGCAUAAAAAAAAAAUUGUAUUUAUAAAAAAUUAUUACAAAUGAUAGGGAAUCCGAGGCCUAUUAAUAAUUUUAAUUCCUCAAUUUAACUUAAAUAUCACAUUUUUGCUAAAUAUUUGGUAAGAUAUACUAUAAUUAUUAUUAUUACUAUCAGUGUUCAGUGUCCCCUCCUUCUAGAAUGUUUUAUUAUUUCUAAUGUAUGUGACUAAAAAAGACAUAAUCUACUCAAAGUCUAUUAAAUUGGUUUUAUAUUUUUAAUAUUAUUGAACUAUAUAAAUGUACAUGUACAUAUGUACAUGUACAUAUGGUCAAAAUAAUUUAAUAUUUUAUGAAAUAUUUCAUUUAAUGAGUAGCAAGUCAAAAAUAUCCCUUUAAUCAUACAAAUAUAUGAUUUUUGACUUUGUUUGCAUAAAAAAAAAAUUAAUGGGCACUAUAAUUUAUUGAACAAAUAUUUAUUAACACGUUAACAAAUAAACCUUGAAAUUAAAUGGGGUCUGUUGACUUAACUUUUAAUUUUGCAUGUUAUAAAACUAUUGAUUGAUUUUCUUGUGUUAUUACCAGGCUUAAAUUAUUAGCUAAAACCAUACACUUUUAUUUAAAAUUUUUAUUCAAAGAAAUGUUGUUUUGUAAGUUAUUAAAUGUUUGACAAGUUAUUUAUACUGGAGGGUUAUAUCGUGAGUUAUUUAUUAUUCUGUUGUAGAAUAUUAUUGGACUACAUUAAAACAAAUUUUAGAAAAAUAUGUUACAUUAUUUAUUUAUUAGUUAAUAUUAUUACUAUUGGAAAUUGAAUGUUACAAAUUAUAAUACAUCAAGGUACUUAUACUUUUGUUGUUUUUAAAAAUGAAUUUUAUGUAACUUUAUUAUUAUUAUCUAUAUUAUAGAAUAUAGAUGUUUGAACAAUAUUGUUGUUAAAAAUGUACCCAUUUACUACAUGUCUUUUACAAUAAUAUUUUUUUUUUUUAAGGACUUAUAUUAUAUUGCAUCAUUUUUAUGAGUAUGUUAUCUACAUUCCUAGAUAUGUUUUUUUAAAGUUAUGUCACAUACAUAGGACAAAUUAAUUAUGAAUUAUUAAUAAUGUAUCUUGAUAUACUUGGUUAAUUAGAAUUUAUGGAGUUAGCACACAUCUAAAUGUUUAAAAUUAUUAUUUUUAUUUUUUGUAUAACAUCUUUUUUUGUUAUUAAUUUUGUUUUUUAAACAUUUGCAAUUUCAUCUUAAAAUUGUGUUUGGGAAAUAUUUACCAAGUGAAUAGAUUACUAAGUAGAAAUAUAUUUAUGUAUUAAACUUAAAUAUAUGUUUAAAAUUGUAAUUGACUUAGUGUUUGAUUCAUAAUACAUUUAAAGUUAUAUAUUCACUUUUUAUUAUUAAAUUGAAGCAUUUUGAAUUAUAUUUCAAUAUUUUAAAAAUACAUCUUAACAUUAAUGGAAAUAUUUAAGUAGUCUGGGUUGUUUUAUUUAUUUAAUACCUUCAAU